CACACAGAGACACACACCCAGAGGCCCCUGUCAGCCAUUGCUCAGCCCCUUUGGUCACGCAGGGGAGGGGGGGUCAAAAGAGGCAGGAAAGGUGGCUUCCCUCCCUGCCGGGAGAGAAUUGGGCCCCGUGCUGAGGGGAGGAGGAUGGGGAGCGGGUGUGGCGGUUGCUCCAGAGCCAUGGCGCCCCUUCUUCCGGCCUGCCGAUGACCCCUGUGGCGUGGGGUGCUGAGGAGGACGAGGGGGGCGGCCCCCAGCAGCCUGGCUGCUCUGAGAGAGGCCUCAGGUGGGAAGGCCAGACCAGGCCUGCCUCUCAGCGAUGAUGAAAAGAAAGACCUUCCACCACCUUUGACAAAGGACAAGCGUUCUUUCCACAUUUGAGUGGAGCGAUGUUGUUGCCACAGCUUUGCCUCAAUGGCUUGUUGAGGAUGGGACAGUUCUUACGAAGGACUUGCUCAGAGAGAUAUGCAAUCGUUGAGUGUCUGCUUCAUCUGUCAGCUGGACAAUCAGAUGCACAAACUGUUUCGCCACCUUUGAUUUAUUAGCCCUUUCCUGGAACCAAAAGAUGCUUUGAAAACAGUAAGGGAGGGGUCUGAAAAAUUCCAGCAGAAAUUCACCAAAGAGCCAUCCUACAGAAACAAACCCUUCAUCCCCGUGCUGUGACCUUCAGCCUGUUUGUGCUUCUCUGGAUGUCAAAGGUGCCUGAAAAGAAAGAGCCCGGGGAAAAAAGUAGAAGUUUCUGAGGGACAUCAAGAGGUCCAAUCCGUACUGGUUGCAAUGAACACUCCAUGCAGGCCUCGCCAUGGAAGGCUGUGACUCAUCUGUCAUCCUGGGGAAGGACAAUGGGCGUGCUCUCUCUCAGCACCAGCAAUGGACUGAACUCAGUAGCACCCACCUCCCUAGCAAACCUGCUAACAUGGAGCCGUCGGCAGUGGAGAACCAUGGGGCCCUAGACAACCGGCGGGCUCCUUUCAGUGAGCACUCCCCAGAAAGUGCUGCCAUCUCUGGCUGCAGUGCGGAACCAGCCAGCAAAGAGGUCUGCUGCAACGAAUGCUCCACCUCCUUUGCCAGCUUACAGUCCUACAUGGAGCACCACUGCCCCAGUGCCCGUCCACUCUUCCCCCUGCAGGAAGACUGUGGGAGUGACACUGGUGAGGAGGGAGACGAGGAAAGCGAUGUGGAGAAUCUGGCGGGGGAGAUAGUCUACCAGCCAGAUGGCUCAGCCUAUAUUGUUGAAAGCAUUAGUCAGCUGAUCCAGAGCGGAGGGGUCUGUGGGGCUGGCAACAGCACCAGCAGUGGGACGCUCCCCUCACUUUUCAUGAACUCUCUUCCCAGCACUGGGGGCAAACCAGGCGAGGCCACUUCAGCUGCACCUGUCUAUCCACAGAUCAUCAACACUUUCCACAUAGCCUCAUCCUUUGGGAAGUGGUUUGAGGGCUCAGACCAGGCCUUCCCAAAUACCUCAGCCCUGACAGGGGUCAGCCCUGUCCUGCACAGCUUCCGUGUUUUUGAUGUGCGCCACAAAAGCAACAAGGAUUAUCUGAACAGCGACGGUUCUGCCAAAAGUUCCUGUGUAUCCAAAGAUGUUCCCAACAAUGUGGACCUGUCAAAAUUUGAUAGCUUUGUGCUCUACGGGAAGCGGAAACCCAUCUUGAUGUGUUUCUUGUGCAAACUCUCCUUUGGGUAUGUCCGCUCGUUUGUGACCCACGCGGUGCAUGAUCAUCGAAUGACUCUGAGUGAGGAGGAGCGGAAAAUUCUUAGCAAUAAGAACAUCUCCGCUAUCAUCCAAGGGAUAGGCAAAGACAAGGAACCUCUUGUAAGCUUUUUGGAACCAAAAAACAAAAACUUUCCACGCCCCUUAGUUUCCACAGCUAACCUCAUAGGCCCUGGACACAGUUUCUAUGGCAAAUUCAGUGGGAUUCGGAUGGAAGGGGAAGAGGGUGCCCAGGCUGGGGCUGCCAGUGGAGCGGAACAGCCACAAUCAGGCCUCUUAGCACCUGGGGGCCUCUUGAACCUCGGAGGGCUAACGAGCUCAGCUUUGAAGACACCAAUUACCUCAGUUCCCCUGGGCCCACUGACUUCCAGUCCUCCCGUAUCCUCUGAGGGGAAGGAUCCUGAGGGGGUUGUAGAGUGUGAGAAGCAAGAGCUGGCCAACCAGGACAGCCUGUCAGAGAAAGUAGUGCCAGCUGAGGAUGGGGAGGAGGAGGAGGAGGAGGAGGAAGAGGAGGAGGAGUUAGAAUGGGGAGGAGGGGAAGAGGAGGAGGAGGAAGAGGAGGAGGAGGAGGAAGAGGGGUGCAAAGGGCUGUUCCCCAGUGAGCUGGAGGACGAAUUGGAGGAGAGGCCUCCUGAAGAAUCUGGGGCUGUGGCAGGCAAUGGUGGCAGCGGCGGCGGCAGCAGCAAAAAGGACCUUGCUCUCUCAAACCAAAGCAUUUCUCCCUUAAUGCCUAACGUGCUUCAGACUCUGUCCAGGGGCACGGCUUCUUCUAGUUCUAAUUCUGCUUCUUCCUUUGUCUUUGAUGGUGCAAACAGGAGGAAUUGUUUAAGCUUUAACAGUGAAGGCAGUGAGGGCAGCAGGAGGCUGGACUUCAGCGAUGAAAGUGCCAAUAAAGACAUUGCUACCAUACCAGAACCAAAUGAGAGUGUUGAGGGUGAGGAUGGGAUCUGUGUGUCCCAUCACCAGCACGUAGGCCCCCUCUGUGAACUUGGGGGUGGGGAGUGCCCCUCGGGGAGUGGUGUGGAGUGCCCCAAGUGCGACACCAUCCUUGGCUCCUCCCGGUCACUUGGGGGCCACAUGACCAUGAUGCAUUCGCGGAACUCGUGUAAGACACUCAAGUGCCCCAAGUGUAAUUGGCACUAUAAGUACCAGCAGACACUUGAGGCUCACAUGAAGGAGAAACAUCCAGAGCCGGGGGGCACCUGUGCCUACUGCAAGAGUGGGCAGCCUCACCCACGGCUCGCCCGGGGCGAAAGUUACACCUGUGGUUACAAGCCUUUUCGCUGUGAGGUUUGUAACUACUCCACUACUACCAAAGGCAACCUCAGUAUUCAUAUGCAGUCUGACAAGCAUCUCAACAACAUGCAGAACCUGCAGAAUGGAGGCGGGGAGCAAGUUUUCAGCCACACUGCUGGGGCUGCUGCAGCUGCGGCAGCUGCGGCAGCUGCAGCAGCAGCUAACAUGGGUAGCAGCUGUGGGGCCCCCUCCCCUACCAAACCAAAAAGCAAACCUACCUGGCGAUGUGAGGUGUGUGACUAUGAGACCAACGUUGCCAGGAACCUGCGCAUCCACAUGACCAGUGAGAAGCAUAUGCAUAACAUGAUGCUCCUUCAGCAGAACAUGAGCCAAAUGCAACACAGCCGCCACCUGGGCCUGAGCAGCCUGCCCGCCGAGGCUGAGCUGUACCAGUACUACUUGGCACAAAACAUGGCCCUGCCCAACCUGAAGAUGGACAGUGCGGCCUCAGACACCCAGUUCAUGAUGAGCAGCUUCCAGAUGGAUCCCACCAACGCCAUCGCAUCCAUGGCCCCGUCUCUAGUGGGUGGAGAGAUCCCUCUGGAUAUGCGGCUUGGGGGUGGGCAGCUGGUGUCUGAGGAACUAAUGAACCUUGGGGAGACCUUCACACAGACCAACGACCCCUCGCUGAAGCUGUUCCAAUGUGCCGUGUGCAACAAGUUCACCACAGACAAUUUGGACCUGCUGGGCCUGCACAUGAAUGCAGAACGCAGCCUGCCUGAGGAAGAAUGGAAGGCUGUGAUGGGGGACUCUUACCAGUGCAAGCUGUGCCGCUACAAUACGCAGCUGAAGGCCAAUUUCCAGCUCCACUGUAAGACUGACAAGCAUGUGCAGAAGUACCAGCUGGUAGCACACAUCAAGGAGGGGGGCAAAGCCAACGAGUGGAGACUCAAGUGUGUCGCCAUUGGGAACCCUGUGCAUUUAAAAUGCAAUGCCUGUGACUAUUAUACCAACAGCCUGGAGAAGCUGCGUCUCCACACAGUGAACUCCAGGCAUGAGGCCAGCCUGAAACUCUACAAGCACCUCCAGCACCAUGAGAGUGGCGUUGAGGGGGAAAGCAGCUGCUACUACCACUGUGUUCUCUGCAACUACUCUACCAAGGCCAAGCUGAAUCUCAUCCAGCAUGUGCGCUCCAUGAAACACCAGCGAAGUGAGAGCUUGCGGAAGUUGCAGCGCCUGCAGAAGGGCCUUCCUGAGGAAGAGGAGGACCUGGGCCAGAUAUUCACCAUCCAGAAGUGCCCAGCUCCUGAUGCUGAGGAGUUAACUGAAGAUGCAGAAGGACCCAGUGAAGCAGCUGCCGAUCCAGAAGAGCCCGCUAAAGAUCCCGAGAGUGCCUCUGACAAGGACCAGGUCAAAUGGACAGCACAAGCUACCCAGGCUGAGAAGGAGCUGACAGAAUCUUCAACAUCCUCCAAACUUAUUACAUUUCCAAGGAGCUCUGAGUCACCAAUCACCAAAUGGCCCAAAACGUCUGAUGAGACAAAGUUGGAGCAGAUGUACCAGUGCCCCUACUGCAAGUACUGCAACACGGAUGUGAACCGCUUGAGGGUCCAUGCCAUGACUCAGCAUUCAGUCCAGCCCAUGCUUCGGUGCCCCCUCUGCCAGGACAUGCUCAGCAACAAAAUCCACCUGCAGUUGCACCUCACCCACCUGCACAGCGUGUCUCCUGACUGCGUCGAGAAACUCAUUUUGACGGUGACCACACCAGAGGUGAUGAUGCCCAGCAGUAUGUUUAUUCCCGCAGCGACUCCAGAUCAAGAUGGAAAUGCCAGCACUGCCGAGCCAGCCAAGCAGCCUGAGACUGCAGAAGACUUGGGGAAAGGUCUGCUGCCUUCUGAGCACCCAGAACGUGGAGGAGAGUCAAAGCCUGCACCACAAGACCAGGCUGCUGCCCGGGAGGAUGCUGGAUUUCUUUGCUGGAAAAAAGGCUGCAGCCAAGUGUUCAAAAGCUCCACUGCCCUCCAAGCACAUUUCAGCGAAGUGCACUCGAAGCGGCCCCAGCUACCCGUCUCUGAUCGGCACGUCUACAAAUACCGCUGCAAUCAAUGCAGCUUGGCCUUCAAAACCAUUGAGAAGCUCCAGCUGCACUCCCAGUACCACGUCAUCCGGGCGGCCACCAUGUGCUGUCUUUGCCAGCGCAGCUUCCGCACUUUCCAAGCCCUCAAGAAGCACCUUGAGAGCAGCCACCUGGAACUGAGCGAAGCCGAUAUCCAGCAGCUGUACAGUGGGCUUCUGGUCAAUGGAGACCUCUUGGCCAUGGGCGACCCUUCCCUGGCCGAAGAGCACACCAUCAUUGUGGAGGAAGACAAAGAGGAGGAGAGCGACCUGGAGGACAAGCAGAGCCCCACGGGGAGCGACUCUGGCUCCGUGCAGGAGGACUCUGGCUCCGAACCAAAACGGGCUCUUCCCUUCCGAAAGGGCCCAAACUUCACCAUGGAGAAGUUCCUGGAUCCAUCCCGCCCGUACAAGUGCACGGUUUGCAAAGAGUCCUUCACGCAGAAGAACAUCCUUUUGGUCCACUACAACUCAGUCUCUCACCUGCACAAGCUGAAACGCGCCCUCCAAGAAUCCACCUCUGGCCAGCCGGAGCCCACCAGCAGCCCAGACAACAAGCCCUUCAAGUGCAGCACCUGCAGCGUCGCCUACAGCCAGAGCUCCACCCUGGAGAUCCACAUGCGCUCUGUCCUGCACCAGACGAAGGCCCGCGCAGCCAAGCUGGAGGCAGUGGGGGGAGGCGGCAGCACCGGCUGCAGUGGCAGUGGCAGCAACGGAACUGGCAGCGGCGGCGGCGGCGUCUCCCUGGGCUCCUCCACCCCCAGCCCCGUGAACACAACCACCGUCACCACCGCCUCUACCCCGACCUCCUUUGCCGUGAGCAACGCAAGCACUGCCUCUACAGCCCCUGCCCCGAGUCUGCUCAGCCAGGUCUCCUGUGAAAGCACAGGGAUCCCUUCUCUCAGCACCCCGGUCAGUACCAGCACUGCCUCUGCUGCCACCUCAAGCUCCUCUGAGCACAAGGAGGUGAACCGUAAGAAACUGGCAGACAUGAUCGCUUCUCGGCAGCAGCAGCAGCAGCAGCAGCAGCAACAGCAGGCGCACACCUUGGCCCAGGCCCAGGCCCAAGUGCAGGCCCAGCUCCAGCAAGAGCUCCAGCAGCAGGCUGCCCUCCUGCAGUCCCAGCUCUUCAACCCAGCCCUCUUGCCGCACUUCCCCAUGACCACAGAGACGCUCCUCCAGCUCCAGCAGCAGCAGCAGCAGCAACAGCAGCACCUCCUCUUCCCCUUCUAUAUUCCCAGUGCCGAGUUCCAGCUGAACUCCGAGGUGAGCUUGCCUGUGACCAGCGGCACCCUGACGCUGACCGGGACUGGGCCCAGCCUGCUGGACGACUUGAAGGUGCAGCUUCCCCAGACAACCCAUCCGCAGCUCCUGCAGCCCCCGCCGCCGUUACAGCCCCCGCCGCCGGGGCCACUGCCGCCGCAGCCGCACUGUGUUCUCCUCCAGCAGAGCCAGCACCCAGAGAAGAAGAGCAAAGCCUGUGGGAAAGAGAAGGAGGUGCAGAGAGAGCGGGAGAACUUUGAGAAGGGGGAGAGCAGCGCCGCCUCCAAGGAGCCUCCGUCCGACCCCUCGAAGGCCAAAGACAAGGCCGACGCUGCGGCAGCCACAGCAGGGCCGGCAGAACCUUCCCUGCCGCCUCCCCGAAUUGCAUCGGAUGCACGUGGGAACGCCACCAAAGCCUUGCUGGAAAACUUUGGAUUCGAGCUGGUCAUUCAGUACAAUGAGAAUAAGCAGAAGGUGCAGAAGAAGCCCAGCAGGACAGAACAGGGAGACUGCUUGGAAAAGCUGGAGUGUGAAUCGUGUGGCAAGUUCUUCUCCAACAUUCUCAUCCUGAAGAGCCACCAGGAACACGUCCACCAGCAUUACUUUCCCUUUAAGCAGCUGGAAAAGUUUGCCAAGCAGUACCGGGAGCACUACGACAAGCUCUACCCGUUGCGUUGCCAUGCCCCCCCACAGCAGCCUCCUACGCCUGCCAUCCCUGUCUCGGCGCCACCCAUCCCCUCUCCCACCCUGGCCCCAGCUCAGCCCUCUUUGCCUCUCCCUCAGCUGUCCAUGCCCAUGGAGUUGCCCAUCUUCUCCCCGCUGAUGAUGCAAACCAUGCCUUUGCAGACCUUGCCGGCCCAGUUGCCCCCGCAGCUGGCCCCCGUGGAGCCCCUGCCCGCGGACCUGGCCCAGUUGUACCAACACCAGCUCCACCCUGGCCUCCUGCAGCAGCAGCAGCAGCAAAACAAGAGGCCACGCACCCGGAUCACCGACGAUCAGCUCCGGGUCUUGAGGCAGUACUUCGACAUCAACAAUUCCCCGAGUGAGGAGCAGAUCAAAGAGAUGGCAGACAAGUCAGGGCUGCCCCAGAAGGUGAUCAAGCACUGGUUCCGGAACACGCUCUUCAAAGAGCGGCAGCGCAACAAAGACUCUCCGUACAACUUCAGCAACCCUCCGAUUACCAGCCUGGAGGACUUGAAGGUGGAUUCUCGGCCGCCCUCCCCAGAGCCCCAGAAACAUGAGUACUGGGGAAGCAAGAGGUCCUCCCGGACCCGCUUUACGGACUACCAGCUGCGGGUCCUGCAGGACUUCUUUGACGCAAACGCUUACCCAAAGGACGACGAGUUCGAACAGCUCUCUAAUUUGCUCAACCUUCCUACCCGGGUGAUUGUGGUGUGGUUCCAGAAUGCCCGGCAGAAGGCCAGAAAAAACUACGAGAAUCAGGGAGAAGGCAAAGACGGGGAGAGGCGGGAGCUGACGAAUGACAGGUACAUCCGAACAAGCAAUUUGAAUUACCAGUGCAAGAAGUGCAGCCUCGUCUUCCAGCGCAUCUUUGACCUGAUCAAGCACCAGAAAAAGUUGUGCUACAAAGACGAGGAUGAAGAUGGGCAAGAGGACAGCCAGAAUGAGGAUUCGAUGGAUGCCGCAGAGCUCCUGACCCCAACUAGCUCUGCCUGCAGCACCCCGAUGCCUUCCCAGGCCUACGGCGCCCCCACAUCUUCAGCCAAUGCAGCCUCCUCUUCCUCGGCUUUCCUGUCCCAGGUCACCAUGGAGGCCGAUGAAGACUCCUCUGCCUACAGUUCAAAAGCAGAAGCUACAGAUGAGAAACCAAAGCAACCGGAACCUCCAAGUACCCAGCAAAACCAAACUCCAGAGAAGCAAAUGCAACCAAAGCAGGAGGUGCAGCAGCAGCAAGACCAAGGAGAGCCCAAGGCUGGCUCCGUGCACCCAAAGGUCUCCCCACCCACCCUGCAGCAGCCAGUCCAGCCUUCGCAGUGCGUUCUGCCACAGUUGAGCCCCACGUCAUCCCAGCUCUCUCAUCUGCCCCUCAAGCCUCUGCACACGUCUACGCCUCCACAGCUGGCCAACUUGCCUCCUCAACUCAUCCCAUACCAAUGUGACCAGUGCAAACUGGCCUUCCCUUCCUUCGAACACUGGCAAGAGCAUCAGCAGCUCCAUUUCUUGAGUGCUCAGAACCAGUUCAUCCACCCUCAGUUCCUAGACAGGACGCUUGACAUGCCCUUCAUGCUGUUUGACCCCAGUAACCCUCUGCUGGCCACCCAGCUGCUCUCUGGGACUCUUCCCCAGCUGCCCGUGAGCUCAGCCACUUCUCCCUCCACCCCAACAUCCACUGUGAGCACCCUGAAGAGGAAGUUAGAGGAGAAGGCCAGUGCAAGCCCUGGAGAGAAUGACAGCAGCACUGGGGGAGAGGAGCCCCAGCGGGACAAGCGUCUCCGGACAACCAUCACCCCUGAACAGCUGGAGGUUCUGUACCAGAAAUACCUGCUGGACUCCAACCCCACCCGGAAGAUGCUGGACCACAUUGCUCAUGAGGUGGGCUUGAAGAAACGGGUGGUGCAGGUUUGGUUCCAGAACACUCGGGCCCGGGAGCGAAAGGGGCAGUUCAGGGCGGUGGGUCCUGCCCAGGCCCACCGGCGGUGUCCUUUCUGCAGGGCCCUGUUCAAAGCUAAGACCGCACUGGAGGCGCACAUUCGAUCCCGGCACUGGCAUGAAGCCAAGCGAGCAGGGUAUAACUUGACCUUGUCGGCCAUGCUUUUAGAUUGUGACGGAGGGCUCCAGAUGAAGGGAGACCUCUUCGACGGAGCCAGCUUUUCCCACCUGCCUCCUCCCAGCAGCAGCAGCGACAGCCAGGGCAUCCCCCUCUCCCCAGUGAGCAAGUCUCUGGAACUGUCCCCUCGGACUCUGCUGAGCCCGUCCUCUAUCAAAGUGGAAGGGCUCGAAGAUUUUGAGAGCCCCUCCAUGUCCUCUGUCCAUCUGAGUUUUGAGCAAGUCAAGCUGGACAACGACGACUGCUCCUCUGUCAACACCGCCAUCACAGAUACCACCACCGGUGACGAGGGCAAUGCAGACAACGACAGCGCCACUGGGAUUGCUACAGAAGCCAAAUGUGGGUCUUCAGGUCCAGGGGAGGGUCUGACCAAAGCUGCCAUGAUGGCCAUGUCAGAGUAUGAGGACAGGCUCUCUUCUGGCCUGGUCAGCCCAGCCCCUAGCUUCUACAGCAAAGAAUAUGACAAUGAAGGUACCGUGGACUACAGUGAGACCUCCAGCCUGGCGGACCCUUGCUCGCCCAGCCCUGGCACAAGCGGUUCUGCAGGCAAGUCUGGAGACAGCGGGGACCGGCCGGGACAGAAGCGCUUCCGCACCCAGAUGACGAACCUCCAACUGAAGGUCCUGAAGUCUUGCUUCAACGACUACCGGACGCCCACCAUGCUGGAGUGCGAAGUCCUGGGCAACGAUAUUGGGCUGCCAAAGAGAGUCGUUCAGGUCUGGUUCCAAAAUGCUCGCGCCAAGGAGAAGAAAUCCAAGCUCAGCAUGGCCAAGCAUUUUGGCAUUAACCAAGCAAGCUAUGAGGGACCCAAAACAGAAUGCACUUUGUGUGGCAUCAAGUACAGUGCCCGCCUGUCUGUACGUGACCAUAUCUUCUCUCAGCAGCACAUUUCCAAAGUGAAAGACACCAUUGGAAGCCAGCUGGACAAGGAGAAGGAGUACUUUGAUCCAGCGACCGUCCGGCAGUUGAUGGCGCAACAGGAGCUGGACCGGAUCAAGAAGGCGAACGAAGUCCUUGGCCUGGCGACUCAGCAGCAAGGCAUGUUUGACAGCCCCCCUCUGCAGGCUUUGAACCUCCCUGCUACCUACCCAGCAGCACUUCAGGGCAUCCCUCCUGUCCUGCUUCCAGGCCUCAACAGCCCAUCCUUGCCCGGCUUCACUCCCUCGAACACAGCUUUAACGUCUCCCAAGCCCAGCCUGAUGGGUCUCCCCGGCACAAGUGUCCCCUCUCCUGGCCUCCCCACCUCUGGAUUACCAAAUAAGCAGCCAUCGGCCUCUCUGAGUUCCCCCACCCCAGCACAAGCCCCGACGGCCACAGUCCCGCAGUCCCAGCCGCUGCCUCGGAAGGACAAGGAAAACGAGAAGGGGAAAGAGAAGGACAAGGUGCCCAAGGGCAGGGGGGAUUCCCUGCUGCCCCCCAAGAAAGACAAAGUGGAGCCCCCCACCUCAGCCCCAGCUACCCUCUCUGCUGCUCUGCCGGCCAUGGAGUACUCGGUGGAGCCCACCCAGCUCCAAGCUCUACAGGCGGCCCUGAAUUCAGACCCCACUGCUCUCCUGACAAGCCAGUUCCUUCCCUACUUUGUCCCUGGUUUUUCUCCCUAUUACGCUCCUCAGAUCCCUGGGGCCUUGCAGAGCGGGUACCUUCAGCCCAUGUAUGGCAUGGAAGGGCUCUUUCCCUACAGUCCUGCAUUGUCGCAAGCCCUACUUGGCUUGUCCCCCGGCUCCCUGUUGCAGCAAUACCAGCAAUAUCAACAGAGCCUGCAGGAAGCAUUGCAGCAGCAGCAGCAACAGCAACAGCAGCAGCAGCAACAACAGCAGCAGCAGCAGCAGCAGAGGCAAGCACAGCAGCAGCAGCAGAAAUUGCUGCUGCUGCAACAGCAGCAGCAGCAGCAGCAGCCACCGCCGCCGCCGCCACCCCCCAAAGCAAGCCAAACCUCAGUCCCCUCUGGGACUGCCACCCCAGAAAAAGAUCCUGCCAAAGAAUCCCCCAAACAAGAAGAGCAGAAAAAUGCACCCCGCGAGGUGUUGUCCCCCCACCUGCCCAAGCCCCAAGAAGAGCCCGAAGCAGAAAGCAGCAGUGUCGUGGACUCCCUCUGUGACCCCUUCAUUGUUCCAAAGGUGCAGUACAGGCUGGUAUGCCGAAAGUGCCAGGCGGGCUUCAGCACCCAGGAGGCGGCCAGCGACCACCUGAAGUCCCUCUGCUUCUUUGGCCAGUCUGUGGUGAAUCUGCAAGAGAUGGUGCUUCACGUGCCCGCCCAUGGCGCCGGUGGCGGUAGCAGCAGCUCGUACCAGUGUGUGGCGUGCGAGACCACGGUGCGCGGGGAAGAAGCCCUCCGACAGCAUCUCGAGUCUGCCCUGCACAAACAUCGAACAAUCCCAAGAGCAGCAAGAAACGCCAAAGAGCACCCCAGUCUAUUACCUCACUCCGCCUGCCUCCCCGAUCCUAGCACCGCAUCUACCUCGCAGUCUGCCGCUCACUCAAAUGACAGCCCCCCGCCCCCGUCUGCAGCUUCCCCCCACACCUCCAGAAAGUCUUGGCCUCAAGGGGUCCCCCGGGGAGCUCCUCUGGGGAAGCCGCCUCCGCCUCCACCACCGCCACCGCCGCCUCCUCCUCCUCUUCCUCCUCCUCUCCCUCCUCUCUCCUCAUCUUCAACGGUUACCUCAAGUUCAUGCAGCACCUCAGGGGUUCAGCCCUCGAUGCCAACAGAUGACUAUUUGGAGGAGUCUGACUCAGAUCUUAGCCAAAAGUCUGAUGGACCGGCUAGCCCGGCGGAGAGGCCUGAGGAGCCGAGCUGCCCCAAGGACAGUGGUCUCACUAGCGUAGAAAUGGACACCUUUAGAUUGUAAGCUUUGAAGAUGAACAAUUUAAAAAAAAAGAAUUUUAAAAAAAAUUAACAAACCAAUUUCAAAAAUAGACUAACUGCAAUUCCAAAGCUUCUAACCAAAAAAGAAAAAGAAAAAAGAAGAGAGAAGUGUGGGUUGUUUUCCCAUAUACCAAUGCCGGCAGAUUUUCCAUGGCUUUCUUUUUCCAUUUUGGCUGUUGAGAGGUACACUGUGUUGAUCUCAAAGGUGCGAGUCCCUGUUGCCUCUCCAGUGUCUGUCUGUCUGUUUAUCUGUCUGUUUGUGGAGCUCCAGCCCCUUUCAAUAAUGCCCCCUCCCCUUGAGAGCACAGCAGAGGCCGGCAUAACUGUAUGGGAAAGCAGACCACCUUGUUACAGUUUAAAAUUUCUUGCUAUCUUAGCAUUCAAAUACCAAUGGCUUGCUAAAAGGAAAAAAAAAGAAAUGUAACGUCUUUUUAUUCUCAGGUCAAUCGCUCACACUUUGUUCGGUUUUCAGAAUCAUUGUUUUAUAUAAAUAUAUAUAUAAUUUCUUUUUUGGUUUUGAUUUUUUUUCCAAAAAAGAGGAAAUUUUUUUGUUUUUUUGUUUUUGGUUAAUUUAAAAAUGGGCAGAAAGUAUUCAAGAGACAAAACAAUGUGAACUGAGUUAGCUUUCUGAGGAUUUUAAGGGUAGCUUUUCUGCUGAAGCCAAUUUCAAGGGGGGAAAGUUCAGCACUCCCACUUUUCAGAAAAGAAAAAAAAACCCAACAACACACAAAGAGUGUUAAGGACUUGGAGCUUAAAAAUAAGUUUUAAAACAACUGACUUUCUGUAUUUAUGAUAGAUAUGACCAUUUUUGGUGUUGAGUAGAUUGUUGCAUUGGAAAUGAACUGAAGCAGUAUGGUAGAUUUAAAAGAAACCCCCCUUUUGUGUACAUUUAGCUUUUGUAUGGUCCAGCUGACGACGGCUUCUCAUUUGAUGUUGUCUUGUCCAUUCUUAGCCAGGUAGGUUCCAACCCCCUGAUUCGCCUAAGCUUCUCCCUCUUUGUACCUUGACUCCCUUCGCCAUCCUGUAAUCUUCCACUUAAACAGUCACUGCCUUCAUUUCUUCGAGGGCGGCUGCAGAAUUAUUUUAUAAAAACUAAAGAAAAAAAAUUCAAAGGGUUUCAAAAGGGGUCAGUAGGAUCCCUUGCAGAAUAUUUUUGUUGGGGGUUUGAAACUUUUUAAGGUGUAUACAUGUCUGUUACCCUUGUGCACUUAACACUGUCCUCUUUCGUUUUCUUCUUCUUCCUUUUGCUUCCUUUCCUCAUUUUGUAAAUGCUCCAAAGGCUCCGUUUUGGAAGUGUCGGCCUUUGUUUCUCUUUGGGUAAAUACGGUGCACUUGUUCCUUUUCCAAGGACUUUUUUGUUAUAGAUGUGUGCGUGUGUGCGUGUGUGCGUGUGUGGGCUUUGUUUUUCUGUUUCGUUUCAUUUUUCUUUCCUCAAAAAAGAAAUUCAUGCUUUAAAUAAAAUCCAAAGACAAACCCUUUUCACCACUGGUGCAGAAUGAGCAAAAAGGAUUCUUUUGACUUGAGGAUUUGUUUCUGAUUUCAGCCACAAGACUCAGUUCAAAUAAAGGAACUCAUAAACCAAUAAGCAUGUAGGUGGUUCUCGGUGCUUCUCCUGCAAGCAACAGAACAACCUUCCUGCAACCUCUACAAACCAAAAGAUGCGUUUUUUCAACGUAUCACAGGUGUGGUGUGUCUGUGCUAGGCAGUGCGAUUGGUGAGGGACCCCGAAGUGCACAUAGCAAAAAAAGCAUGUUGGGGUCUGGUGUGAAUCUCUCUGCUCCUCUUUUGUGACAUCAUCUUUCCGGACAUUGAAAGGAAAAUGUUGUGCUGCUACCAUGUAGAGUUUGGAGACAAGCAAGUGUUGCAUUGCCACUUCCUAGCCAAAUGUCAACAAUCCCCUCUUCCACCCCCCCUGGCCCCAUAAUAAAAUCCUUCCUCACCCCCCCCCCGUCAUCUUUCCUGUGCUUCAAAAAGGGAACAUAGACUGUGAACCUCGGGGAGGGGAGGGGGCAUCUUUCACCCCUUCUGGCUUCUCUCCCCUUUCUCCAACCCCACCCACCCCUCAGGCUGUGGAAGGUGCUGGUGACUCUAAGAGAGGCUGGUAUGUUUCUGAAGGAGGAGCUGCUUCUGGUCCCACCCUCUCUCCCCCCCCCCAACCCUUUCCUUAGUCAGGGCUUCUCAUGACCUUUCGUUUUUUGUUUAAUGGAAGACUCACCUUUGAACGGUUGUACACAUUUCUAACUAGACGAAUGCACAAUGCAGAUUCCUCUUGGGAUUGUUCAAGGAGGAUCGUACUGAGAAGAGUACGACUAACCAUUACUGCCAGGAUCCAGUUGUAGCAUAAGCGGGCAAAGUGUUGCCGUUUCCCUUUAACCGAGAUCCUUGUAUUUCUCCCUUGCUUGAGAUGAACAUUUUUUAAAUUUUAAAGUUGUACAGUUUUUGGUUUCCAUUAUUUUAACUUGUUUGUAAUUCUAUGAAAAAUAUAUAGAUAUAUAUAUAUUUUUUGCCAUUUAACUGUUGUAUGUUACUCUGUAUCAUAUAGAAGGUUUGUUUUGUUUUGUUUUUUGGUUCUCUGUGUGGUAUAAGUUGCCAGUUUAACACUAGCUUUGCCUGUCAGGUUUGGUGGUCUGCUUUGAAAUCAUUCUGUUUGUUUCCCCCACUCCCCCCCCAUCACUUAAUUACAUGCACAAGUUUCCUCUCCCCACCUCUUCCACUCUCCCCCACCUCUAAGUAGUGUUUCAGUGCAUUUCCUGGUAUGGGGGCGGUAGGGAGGGACUCUCCCAGUCUGAGAGAGGCCUUUAUCCCAGAAGGGCAGAGGAGUGGCAGGCAGCCUGUUAGCCUCCCCUUUUGCACCCUCCUCUCCCUCCUGCUCCCCUACCCCUUUUCCUGGAGAUCAUGAGAAUCGGAGGUGCUCCACCCUGAACGAAGCCAGACUCCCUCCGUGUUCCCCUUCCACACCUCCCUUUAGGACCUUGCGGUUGGUUUAGCAGUUGGGUUCCUCUGAAGCACAGCAGGAGAGGGGAUGCUGAUCGGGACCCUGGCAGGUGUGCCUGCCUGGCCUUCAGAAUCCUCCCUGGCUCUUCCCCACUGAACUGGCCGCCUGCCUCAGCCUCCCAACUUUGUACGCAGAUCCUCUUUCUGUUUUGCAAGAGUUCUCCCUUGAUGCUGGCACCCGAGCCAACCAGGAGAUUGGAGAAGAUCCCAGUGGCAUUUAAUGACCAGAGAGGGAGCUUUGCAGGUGCAGGCCAUGAGCCCAAUUGAGAGAGCCCUAGGCUGGUGGGGGUGGCUGACAUGUAGCAGGAAGGCCCUCCCCACCCCAUGCUGGGCAGCACUGUCAGUGGCCAGUCUGGGUCCUCUUAAAUAGAAGCGAACUGUUGGCAGUUGGUGGGUUUGAUGGCGCUGAGAAUCCUGUCCACUGUGAAACACAAAGAUUUUGACUAUUUUUCAUCUAUUUGAUUCUGGGUGAGGGGAGGGGGGAAAAGUCUGGACAAAACAGAAAGCAUAAAUGAGGUGAAGAGGUAUAUGAACAGCCUUUGCAAUGUACAAAAACUAGAGCAAGUGAAACCAAAAAUGAUGUUGGUGUUUUUCUAUAAUGUAGUCUUGUUAGCUUUUUUGUUACUGUAACGAUGCUGAUCUCGAACUGUACCAAAAUACAUGGAGACGGACAAAAAACAGAAACCACACGGAACUCUUUAAAAAAAAAACAGAUUUUGUCACAAAACACUUUGUUGUCAUAGUUAAGUUGAUUGUAGAUGGUAAUUGAAUAUACUCCUUUGAAAAUAUUUCAUCAAGUAUGUUUCCUGCUCAUUGUGAUACAUUAAA